GGGCCCAAAGCUGCGCCCUCCAGCCCGGCUCAGGCUCCAGUGCUGGACCCACCGGACCUGAGGGGCCCAGGACCCGGCAGCAACUGCUGGCCGCCGCGGCAGCGCGCAUGCGGAGCCCCGGGGGCUGACGAUGCCGCCGCCCGUCAUGGAGGGCCCGGUGGACACGGCUGUCGAGGGGCCCUCGGGGGACGGCGGCGGCAGCGGCCCCAAGGUCCAGGGAGCGGCCGUGAGCGCAUCCGUCGUCUGGGAGCAAGCGGGGCCCGAGGAGGCCGAGGCUCCGGGCAGGGCCGAUGCUUCUCCCGCCGCUGGCGGCCCUGGGCCGGCUGCUGGGACCCCUCCAGGCCACAUGGGAGCCUGCCCCACAGACCUGACCUUGCAGCUGCUGGCCGUGCGGAGGAAGACGGGGCUGCCGGACCCCAGCCUGCAGCAGACGGUGCGGGCGCGGCUCCGUCUGCUGGAAAAUGACAGCCGCGAAGUGGCCAGCGUGCUGGGGGAGUUAUCGGCCAGGCUGCUAUCUAUCCACAGUGACCAGGCUCGGAUUGUGGUGACGUUUAAGACUUUCGAAGAGAUCUGGAAGUUCUCCACCUACCACGCUCUUGGCUUCACUCACCACUGCCUGGAAAACCUGCUUGUGGACCAGGCCUUCUGGCUGCUUGCGCCCAGCGAAGACGAGGAGACGGCCAUCCGAGUGCACGUGGACCAGGAGGCCUUGGCGCAGACGCACCAGAGCCUCCUCGCCCAGGAGGGCCCUUUCUUUGUCCUGUGUCCUGACCACCGCGUGAGGGUGACCACCGGCCCCCGGGGUGCAGGCCCGCAGCCCCUGAGGCGAGCCCCAGGGGCCCCCCAGGGAGAGGCCGCCCCGGACUCCGCCGCGCCCAGCCCCGGCACGUGCUCCGAGGACGCGGCGGCCACUCCGGAACCUUUGAUUCCGUUUCAUCAGUGGGCUCUUAGGGUCCCCUGGGACCCCAUUGAUGACUCCAUGUGUGGCCCCGUGACAUCAGAUGUUCCACUGAUGGCCGUGGGCCUGGCCUCAGCAGUGGCAGACUACCAGGGCUCCGGGCCUGAAGAGAUGACCCUCCGAGGCGGCGAUGUCAUCGAGAUCCUGGGCGCCCGGGUGCCCGGCCUGCCCUGGUGCCUGGGCCGGCACGUGGCCUCGGGCCAGGUCGGGUUUGUGCGGACGAGUGUCAUCACUGUGCAGGGCCAAGUGUCCGAGCUGGAAAACGUGCUUUUCCUCAAUGAGGAAGAAAGGUCGUUCUUCAGCGACGAAGGACGCUUCUCUGACGAGGAGGCCAGGCAGUUACUGAGGAGGGUGUCGGGCGUGGACGUCUGCACGGCGUACAGCUUGGACAGUUUAGAAGAAGCCGACUGUGAGCCACUGGAAGAGCAAGAAGUGCCUCCUCCUAACCCGAACCCAGAGCCACGCGAGACCCUGCGGAAGGUUAAGAAUGUUCUAGAACAAUUCAAAUCCGGCCAGGAUUGCCCUGAGGAGCCAGCGUCCUGGGGUCUCUGCAUGGCAUCCAGUGGUGCGCGCUCCCCAGACACGGAGGGGCCCCCCUUCUGCUUGGACGCGGGGGCCGACGCGGGGGCCCUGGGCUCGCUGCUGCUGCUCCUGGACGCGCCUGGGUACGAGGCCCGCCUCCGCGGCCUGUACGACCUCUCCCCGCCGGCACUGAGCAGCCUCGGCCUCGCCGACGAGGAGGAGCUGGCCGGGCACCUGGGGCAGGCCCGCGGGGCAGCCAAGAAGGCGGGCCUCCCCAUGGCCCUCGCCAGGAUCUGCUUCCUCCUGGGGCGGCUGUGUGUGCGGCGGCUCAAGCUCUCCCAGGCGCGGGUGUACUUGGAGGAGGCCCUGGGGGCGCUGGGGGGCCGCUUCGGCGACCUGCCCCUGGUGGCGGCCGUGUACGCCAGCCUGGCCUCCGUUCACCUGAAGCAGAAGAACAGAGACAAGUGCGCACAGGUGGUGCUCAAGGCCGCGGCCCUGCUCCUGGGGACGCCGGGCCACACGUGCGGCGCCGAGGCCGAGCCGCAGCUCCUGAGGCUGGCCCUGCGGAGGGCCGUCGGCUGCCGCAGCCCCCAGGCCGAGGCCCGGGCCUGCUUCCUGCUGGCCAGGCACCACGCCCGCCUCAAGCAGCCACGGGAGGCCCUGCCCUUCCUGGAGAGGCUGCUCCUCCUGCACGAGGCCUCGGGGUCCCCGGGGGCCGCCUGGGCCGCGGACGGCCACCUGCUCCUGGCCGACCUCUACGGCCGGCAGUGCCUGCCGCGCUUGGCACUGGGCUGCGUCCGGGCCGCCUCGCUGCGGCCGCGGGGCUCGCUGGGCGGCGCGCUCCGGGCCGCGGACCUGGUGCUGCGGAACGCGCCCCCGCUCUGCCGGCCGCCCUCCCAGGCCGCGCCCCACCUCCGGCGGGCGCUGGCCGCCCUGGCCCCGGGCGCGGGGCAGGCGCUGCGCGGGCCCCUCUGCGCCUGCCUGGCCCGGCUGCACAGCGGCCACGGCCAGCACGCCAGGGCCAUCGCCCUCAUGGUGCGCGCGGCGGAGGCCGCCGGCGGCCGCCUGGCCGUGACCUACCUGGUGGAGCUCGCCUGGCUGCACGUGCUUCACGGCCAGAGCCCCGCGGCCCUGGACAUCCUCGAGUCGGUCCUGGACGCGGCGGCCGCCAGCGUGGAACUGGAGGGCCUGAUCGCCAACAUGGCGGCCGUGGCCCUGAAGACGCUGGGCCGGACCCGGCCGGCGGCCGAGGGCUACUACCGUGCUCUGCGUGUCGCCAGGGCCCGGGGCCGGCGGAGGGACCAGGCGGUGGUCCUGGCCAACCUGGGGGCGCUGUGCCUGCAGGCCGGGGCGGGGGGCCUGGCCCAGCACUACCACCUGGAGGCCGUGAAGCUCUUCUCGCGGCUGCCCAGCGGCGAGCGCGGCGAGGACUUCACCCGGGUGCUGCUGCGGCUGGGCCGGCUGUGUACGCGCAGGGCCCUCGCCCAGCAGGCCAAGUGCUACUACGAGUGGGCCUUUCUGGUCGCCGUGGAGACGGACCACCUGGAAGGCCAGCUGCGGGCCGUCCAGCGGCUGUGUCACUUCUACAGCACGGUCGUGCCCAGCGAGGCCCAGUGCGUCGUCUAUCACGAGUUCCAGCUCUCGCUGGCCCGCAGGGCAGCAGACAAGGUGCUGGAGGGGCAGCUCCUGGAGACCAUCAGCCGGCUCUACCUGUCCCUGGGCACCGAGCGGGCCUGCAGGUCGGCGCUGGACUACACCAAGCGCAGUCUGGGCAUUUUCAUCGACCUCCAGCUGAAGGAGAAGGAGGCGCACGCCUGGCUGCAGGCGGGGAAGAUCUACUACGUCCUCCAGCAGAACGAGCUGGUGGACCUGUACCUCCAGGUGGCCCAGAACGCAGCCCUGUACACGGGGGACCCCAGCCUGGGGCUGGAGCUGUUUGAGGCGGCUGGGGACAUCUUCUUCAACGGGGCCUGGGAGCGGGAGAAAGCCGUGUCCUUCUACCGGGAUCGGGCCCUGCCCUUGGCCUUGACCACGGGGAACCAGGAGGCCGAGCUGCGUCUGUGCAACAAGCUGGUGGCGCUGCUGGCGGAGCUGGAGGCCCCCCAGGAGGGUCUGGAGUUCGCCCACAGGGCGCUGGCGCUCAGCAUCACCCUGGGGGACCGGCUGAACGAGCGAGUGGCCUACCACCGGCUGGCCGCCCUGCACCACCGGCUGGGCCACAGCGAGCUGGCCGAACACUUCUACCUCAAGGCGCUGUCGCUGUGCAGCUCGCCCCUGCAGUUCGAUGAGGAGACGCUGUACUAUGUGAAAGUGUACCUGGCGCUGGGGGACAUCAUCUUCUACGACCUGAAGGACCCCUUCGACGCGGCCGGGUACUACCAGCUGGCCUUGGCGGCGGCCGUGGACCUCGGCAACAAGAAGGCCCAGAUGAAGAUCUACACGCGCCUGGCCACCAUCUACCACAACUUCCUCCUGGACCGCGAGAAGUCCCUCUUCUUCUACCAGAAGGCCAGGACCUUUGCCAGCGAGCUCAACAUCCGCAGGGUCAACCUGGCCCCGGGGCGGUGCUGGGGGCGGGCGCCCUGGCUGGCCCCUGGGCCCUCGCCCUGAGGACCCCGUCCUCGCCUCUCCUAGUGUCUCUGGGAGGCUCGUUUUCUGGGAAACGGAGGCAGGGAGGGAGGGGCCCGAUAGCAGUACAUGGUUUUGCGACACUGCAGAAGCCCGCAAGCCCCCUCCCCUGCUCUGCCCCCCGGGGAGGUCCAGGGACCAGGCCCCGUCCUGGGUGCCCGUCUGCUGCUGUGAGCUGGAAGCGCUGAGUGUGACCAGCCAUCUCCCCUGCAGCCCCUCACGGUGUGGCCGCAGGCAACUCCUGCCCCUCACACCCAUUCAGGCCUGUCAGAGCGGAAGUGGGUGUGGGAUUUCCUGGGCGUCUGCUCCCCCUGCCCCCCCGUGCCCCGUGCUGUGUGUCAGGCUCUGUGCUCUGCCGUUAAUCCUCAAGCCAACCUCACCGGGCCGCGCCGUUGGGUCUGUUAUUGUCCAAAUUUCCAGUUGAAGAGGCGGAGGCACAGAGAGGGUAGGUGCCUGGCCCGCCGUCACACAGCAGGCAGGUGGGGCAGGUGGUAAGCACAAGCCACCUGCCCACCCACCUCACGGGAUAUGUCCGCGUCAGGACCCAGGGGCGGGUUUGUGCGUCAUUGCACCUCCGCCCCUUUCUGCGUUCCGAAAGGAACAGAGCCUGGGGGGAGGGGAGGUGGCCCACAAGCUCCCUCACCUGAGUGUCCUCCGGCCCAGCCCCCCCCAGCCCUGCAGGCCGGGAGGGGCGGCGCUCCAGCCCAGUGGGGAGUGUGCUGCUGUGAGUGCGUCCAGGUGCCCAGAACCCUUCCCUUACAGUCAGGGAAACUGAGGCUCAGAGGGGCCGGGGGUAUCUCAGUGGUUCUCACCCGCUUGGCACUGUUUCAAUCCCCUCUUUUUUUUAAUUUAUUUUGUUACGUACAGCGAAAGUCACACAACAUAAAGUUAACCGCUUAAACUGAA